AUGGUUCCAAAAAUAGAAAAGAUCCCUCCUCAUCGGACACACACAACCACACAAUCACCAACCUCCGGGCGCAUCAGUCUGGGCUGGUGGGUAAAUUGGCGUGGAGACUGCCAACUGGAGACUGGAAAUUUGGAGAAGUACACUCAGCUGUACCGCCCGCCCGAUACGAUACAAUUCUGCUCUGUGGCUUUCGCUGCCGUUCGCAUUGCCUACACGCUCCCCCUCGUCCUGGCGCCUCAUUCACUCGUUCCCGUUCUUCGUGUCGGCCGUGCAGGAGCCCGCAGCGUGGGCGCCUAA